AUGGACUUUCAGACCGUAAAUUUUGACUUGGGUAUUUUCUCGCGGGAGAACUCAAUAGAUCAAAAUGAUGGUGACAUGAAAAUGGAAACUUUUGAAUGUAUUGGGCCGAACGAAUCACAGAAUCGAAGGUUCGCUGAAGCUGUGUCGGAUGAUGAUUUGCGGCAGCUGAUUGACUCUCAGAAAAAUCCUAAUACGCGGAGAAAUACGAAAUGGUGUGUUGAAAUGUUUAAUAAAUGGCGCGCAUCUCGAGAUAAUGUACCUUACAUGAAAGAAAUGAACGCUAAAAUGCUGAAUUACUGGUUACAACGCUUUGUGUUGGAGGUACGUAAACAGGAUGGCAGUGAAUAUCCCCAGCGUACUCUCUACUUCAAUGUUUGUGGAUUACUGCGUCAUUUGCGAGAGGAAAACGUCCAUAAUAUGAAUUUUCUUGAUGAACAUGAUCACCGUUUUGCCGUUUUCUGUAAAGUUUUGGACGCCCGUAAGAAGGAAUUGUUAUCAGAAGGCUUAGGCACCAAAGUGAAACAAGCUGACCCAAUAUUGCCGGAAGUUGAAGAAAAAAUCUGGACUAAUGGAGUAUUCGGGUCACUCUUCUCAAACUCUACAGUACACAGUUUUCUUCUAUAA